AUGACUUUAGAAGACGCACUUAAAGACACACGCGCAGCUAAUGCGCGCGGUGAACUUUGCUACCAAAAAAUUGCAGAUACACAUGGUGUUGAUCGUUCGACGUUGUCGCGAUAUCACCGAGGCGUUCGCGGCACCAUGCAACAGAAGAUCGAACAACAACAGAACCUCACCCCCUACGAAGAGCUAGAGCUUGUCGAUUACAUAGAUCAACUCUGCAGAGAGCACCUUCCGCCUACGCGCGAUAUGGUUCAACAUUUCGCCUCUAUUAUCUGCGGAUUUAAGGUCAGGAAGACCUGGGUUACACGCUUCGUCCAGCGGCAUCACGAAGCGCUUACUCCACAGUGGACCUCCGCCAUGGCCUCCGAACGUCACGCCGCUGAUUCCUAUAGUAAGUACAGCUUGUACUUUGACAUGUUAGAGCUCAAAAUAAGCGAGAAGGGUAUAGAGCCUGAGCACACAUACAAUAUGGAUGAGAAGGGCUUCAUGAUUGGGAAGAUUGGCAAGCAGAAACGAGUGUUCAGCAGGACAAGCUACAGCAAUAAGCGCUUCCGGCAGGCCUUAGAGGAUGGCAACAGAGAGUGGGUAACGCUUAUAGCGUGCGUUGGGGCUUCUGGAGUCGCACUUCCUCCAGGCCUGAUUAUGGCUGGAGACUCCGGCAACGUCCAAGACGCAUGGGUGCGAGAUAUCAAGCAAUUGAAGCAU